GCGCGCAGCGACCCCCGGCCGGGCCAGGCAUGUGAAGAUGUCAGUGGGCUGUGCAUGCCCUGGCUGUUCCUCUAAGUCAUUCAAGCUGUACUCGCCAAAGGAGCCCCCGAACGGCAACGCCUUCCCCCCCUUCCACCCAGGCACCAUGCUGGAUCGAGAUGUGGGACCUACUCCUAUGUACCCACCGACGUACCUGGAGCCUGGAAUCGGGAGGCACACGCCGUACGGGAACCAGACCGACUACAGGAUAUUUGAGCUCAACAAGCGGCUGCAGAACUGGACAGAGGAAUGUGACAACCUGUGGUGGGAUGCCUUCACCACAGAGUUCUUUGAGGAUGAUGCCAUGUUAACAAUCACUUUUUGCUUGGAGGAUGGACCAAAGAGAUACACGAUUGGCCGGACUCUGAUUCCCCGUUACUUCCGCAGCAUCUUUGAAGGGGGAGCCACGGAGCUCUACUAUGUGCUCAAGCACCCCAAGGAGUCCUUCCACAACAACUUCGUCUCGCUGGACUGUGACCAGUGCACCAUGGUCACCCAGCACGGCAAGCCCAUGUUCACCCAGGUGUGCGUGGAGGGGCGGCUCUACCUGGAGUUCAUGUUUGAUGACAUGAUGAGGAUAAAGACAUGGCAUUUCAGCAUCCGCCAGCAUCGAGAACUUAUUCCCCGCAGCAUCCUUGCCAUGCAUGCACAGGAUCCCCAGAUGCUGGACCAGUUAUCCAAGAACAUCACACGCUGUGGGCUCUCAAACUCCACACUCAACUACCUCCGACUCUGUGUAAUCCUAGAACCAAUGCAGGAGCUCAUGUCACGGCACAAGACCUACAGCCUCAGUCCCCGGGACUGCCUCAAGACUUGCCUCUUCCAGAAGUGGCAGCGGAUGGUCGCUCCGCCCGCCGAGCCAGCACGGCAGCAGCCCAGCAAGCGCCGGAAAAGGAAGAUGUCGGGGGGCAGCACCAUGAGCUCCGGUGGCGGAAACACCAACAACAGCAACAGCAAGAAGAAGAGCCCGGCCAGCACCUUUGCCCUGUCCAGUCAGGUACCUGAUGUGAUGGUGGUAGGCGAGCCCACGCUGAUGGGGGGGGAGUUUGGGGACGAGGACGAGCGGCUCAUCACCCGGCUGGAGAACACGCAGUUUGACGCCGCCAACGGCAUCGACGACGAGGACAGCUUCAACAACUCGCCGGCGCUGGGGGCCAACAGCCCCUGGAACAGCAAACCACCCUCCAGCCAGGAGAGCAAGUCAGAGAACCCCACGUCACAGGCGUCGCAGUAACGGCCCCCCCGCCGCCCCGUGGACUCAGUCCCAACCAAUCUACCUGUACAUUUGCAACGGGGAGUGACUGGGAAGCGGCGAGGUACCGGGGGCGGAUCAGCGCCGGUGGAUGAUGGCGUGCACGGCCCCGGCGCACGCCGGGCAGGCAGCCCCCCGCCGCCA